AUGAAAAAGAAGAUGAUUUAAUAAAAAUAAUAGAAUUUUUUAAUCAAUUAAUUAAUGGUUGUGUUGAUUAAAAAUAGCAGAAACUAAAAAAAGGAUCAAUUAAUUUAUCAAUCAACUCAAACGAUUUAAACACUUAACUUGUUAAAUAUUAAGAAGGAGAAGAAUAUGGUAUGUUAUCUAAAAGAUAUCGAAUGUAAUUUCUAAUCGAAAACUUUUUAGAAAAUUUAAAAUUCGCAGAGCAUUACUUGUAAAUUAAAAUACAUUACAUGCAUUAUGGAUGACACUGUUUCAGAUACUGAGCAAUUUUUAGACAUUUCUACAUUAACUUAAGAUGAAUUAUAGAUAUACAAUGUUGUUGAAUAAAUUAUAAAGUAAUAAAUGAUCAAAAUAAUUUGGAAUCAGCUCAGAGCCUUUUUUGAAUCUUGGGAUAAUGAAUUCGAUUCUAAAUUUAACGCAAUCCUUAAGGAUAUUAAUAAUACGAAUAAAUUAAUUUUGAAAAAUCAAUUAAGUCUUCUUUUGGAAGAAUAUAAAAAUAUUAAUUAAAUAAACACUCAGAUUAAAACAAAUAUUGAAACAAAUUAUAAAUUUGAUAUUUAAUAUGAAGAAUAGAAGGCGCAACAUAUAUUCAUUUAAGAAUUGAAGAUCUAGGCAUCAAAUUACUCAUUCAAUAAUUUUCAAACCUUUAUUAAUACAAUCAAAUCUAAUGUGAAAUAAGAAUUAAAAAAUUAUUACAAUCAAAUUGUAAUGUAAGAAAUCAUUAAACUCUAAUUUGAUUUUGUUUGA